AUGAACUUGCUUUCCCUUAUAGCGGUUUCGUUGUCAUCGUUUGUGGCAAGCGCGUACGGCGCCCCUACUACGUUCACAUCCAAUACAGUUAUCACUGGAAGUGCAAACUUUGCCACGGGUACUCCUGUGGUCAUCGCAGAUGAUAUCUUUGUGGCUUAUGACAACGGAAAUGGACAGAUUCUUAACACCUAUCGGGAUACUGUUGACAUCCUCGGAGAGCUCUAUAUUGGAGACACCGGUGUUCAUACCGGAAUGUCAGUUUACUUCUACAGAGACUUUCAGAAUGAUGGUACCCUUGUUCUCGAUGCAAGAAAUGAAACCUCUGCGCCAAGUUUUUACUUCAGUGGAGAUAACUUCUUGAACAAUGGUAACAUCUUUAUGGUGGGAAUUGGAAAUACUGGUGGCCUGACUAUGAAUGUUUGGAGUACCGACAGUGUUGUAAACAAUGGUAUCAUUACUUACUAUCAAACUGUUAGUAGAAGUGGUGGUACAUCAUACCUUGGACGAUUAAACGACCCUGUCACCAACGAUGGUACCGUUUGUUUAUUCCAAAUGAACAUGUACCAGUACUCUGAGGUUUCAGGAACAGGAUGUUACAAUAUUGGCCAGGAUUCGCUUCUCUUAUAUGAAUACCCUAAUCUGAAUCCCUUGGCAACUACCCAAACUGUCUACCUUGAGACUCCAAACUCUCAAAUCCGUAUUGGACCUUAUAACAUGCCAAAUGUACUUACGGUUGCAGGAUGGGGUAACGGAAAUACCAUCGGUUUCGAGACUAGUGUAUCUUCAUUCACGUAUUCGGAUCCAAUUUUAAGUGUUGUCACUGGAACUCGCACGUACCAGUUCAAUAUUGGAUCUGGCUACGAUCCCACCUUGAUCUCGAUUAAUAGUGGAUUUUCUUCUGGUGGCUUUUUCAUUACUAGUUCCGUCUCUUACUCUGGUGAGCCCCUUGACACUUCAAGACCCGCAGUAUGUGAUAUUUGUCCUCUGAUUCCACCAUUCCCAUUUGAGUCCGACGAAUCCUCUUCUGAAUCUUCAUCUGAGUCUUCAUCUGAAUCCACAGAGACUUCCGAGUCUUCGUCUGAGACUUCCGAGUCUUCAUCUGAGACUUCUGAGUCUUCGUCUGAGACUUCCGAGUCUUCAUCUGAGACUUCUGAAUCUUCGUCUGAGACAUCUGAAUCUUCAUCAGAGACUUCUGAAUCUUCGUCUGAGACAUCUGAGUCUUCGUCUGAGACAUCUGAGUCUUCGUCUGAGACAUCUGAGUCUUCAUCUGAGACUUCUGAAUCUUCAUCAGAGACUUCUGAGUCUUCGUCUGAGACUUCCGAGUCUUCAUCUGAGACUUCUGAGUCUUCGUCUGAGACUUCCGAGUCUUCAUCUGAGACUUCUGAGUCUUCGUCUGAGACUUCCGAGUCUUCAUCUGAAACUUCUGAAUCUUCGUCUGAGACUUCCGAGUCUUCAUCUGAGACUUCUGAAUCUUCGUCUGAGACAUCUGAAUCUUCAUCUGAGACUUCUGAGUCUUCGUCUGAGACAUCUGAGUCUUCGUCUGAGACAUCUGAGUCUUCAUCUGAGACAUCUGAAUCUUCAUCAGAGACUUCUGAAUCUUCGUCUGAGACAUCUGAGUCUUCGUCUGAGACAUCUGAGUCUUCAUCUGAGACUUCCGAGUCUUCAUCUGAGUCUUCAUCUGAAUCCACAGAGACUUCUGAAUCCACAGAGACUUCCGAGUCUUCGUCUGAGACUUCUGAAUCCACAGAGACUUCCGAGUCUUCGUCUGAGACUUCCGAGUCUUCAUCUGAAUCUUCAUCUGAAUCUUCCGAGUCUUCAUCUGAGUCUUCAUCUGAAUCCACAGAGACUUCUGAAUCUUCGUCUGAGACUUCCGAAUCCACAGAGACUUCCGAGUCAUCGUCAGAGACUUCUGAGUCUGGUGAGACCACCGAAACCCCUCACUUGACCACCUACACUACUACGUGGACCACCACUAACAGUGAUGGAUCAGUUGAGACCGAUUCCGGUGUUGUGAUUGUUAGUACUGACUCUGCAGGUUCGUUCUUCACCACUACUUCUGAGUUCCCUAACUUGACUACCUACACUACUACAUGGACCACCACUAACAGUGAUGGAUCAGUUGAGACCGACUCCGGUGUUGUGAUUGUUAGUACUGACUCUGCAGGUUCGUUCUUCACCACUACUUCCGAGUUCCCUAACUUGACUACCUACACUACUACGUGGACCACCACUAACAGUGAUGGAUCAGUUGAGACCGAUUCCGGUGUCGUGAUUGUUAGUACUGACUCUGCAGGUUCGUUCUUCACCACUACUUCUGAGUUCCCUAACUUGACUACCUACACUACUACAUGGACCACCACUAACAGUGAUGGAUCUGUCGAGACUGAUUCCGGUGUUGUGAUUGUCAGUACUGACUCUGCAGGUUCGUUCUUCACCACUACUUCUGAGUUCCCUAACUUGACUACCUAUACCACGACUUGGACCACCACUAACAGUGAUGGAUCAGUUGAGACUGAUUCCGGUGUCGUGAUUGUUAGUACUGACUCUGCAGGUUCGUUCUUCACCACUACUUCUGAGUUCCCUAACUUGACUACCUACACCACGACAUGGACCACCACUAACAGUGAUGGAUCAGUUGAGACCGAUUCCGGUGUUGUGAUUGUUAGUACUGACUCUGCAGGUUCGUUCUUCACCACUACUUCCGAGUUCCCUAACUUGACCACCUACACUACUACAUGGACCACCACUAACAGUGAUGGAUCAGUUGAGACUGAUUCCGGUGUCGUGAUUGUCAGCACUGACUCUGCAGGUUCGUUCUUCACCACUACUUCUGAGUUCCCUAACUUGACUACCUACACUACUACAUGGACCACCACUAACAGUGAUGGAUCAGUUGAGACUGAUUCCGGUGUCGUGAUUGUCACUACUGAUGCCAAAGGUUCAAUUUACACCACUACAUCAGAAUGUCCAGGAAUCGUAACUUCUUAUGUUACUACCUGUGUUACCACCAAGUCUGAUGGGUCUGUGGAAACCGGGUCUGGUGUUGUGAUUGUAAGCACUGACAAGAAAGGUUCCACACAUACCACCACAUCUUUAUUUGCAUCUGGAAUUACCACUCGUGCCACCACAUGGACUACAACACUCGUUGAGAGUGUUACAACAACUGUAUGUGCCGAUGUUAUUGUAACCACAGACAAGGGUGGAAAGUUGUAUACUACUACAGUUUUCUCUGACAAGGGUGUGUCUACAGUGUUCACCACUCAAAACGAAAUUGGAGAGGUGGAGACCCGUACUAUCGUUGUGAAACCUACGAACAAUGCCGAAGGUAACAUUGUUUUGACCUCUGUUGAGAACGAAACUGAAUCCAAUGAGACAGUUGGGUAUUACACCACGACUCGUGCUGGUGGAGUCAUUGAGACAGUUGUGUAUUACACCACAACUGGCGCUGGUGGAGUUAUUGAGACAGUUGCUAGUGUAGUAACAGGUGGAUUGCCUACAUCGUUAAAGACAUCCACUUUGCAUGCAACUGGCGCACCCGGAUCGGCCACAGCCGGUGUUUCAAGCGCACCAAACUCUUUGCUUGAAGGAGCAGGCUCUUCAAAAUCUCUUAGCUUUGGUGCUGUGAUUGGUCUUCUUGCAUUUGCAUUGGUUUAA